UUCAGCCAGAGUCAGCCAGUCACAAUAGUGCGUGCGGGCGAACUAAACGCGCGCUGUUGGCGCGAAAACUUUGACGUUUCUGGCUGUAUACGUUCGUGAUCUGUGCCUCUUUUCGUAUGUGACUUUUUUAUUGGGUUAUUUAUUUUUUUAAUUGUGGUGUCAUAGUGUCGUUUUGGAUAAUAUUAGUUUCCAAGAGAGGACGAGUAGGACUCCAAAUAUUUGAUACGGACAACAUCGAGCAAUAUGUGGGUCCGGUUGUGGUUGGCCUUCGGUAUCUGUGCUGUAUCAGUACGGUCACAACCCGCGAAUACGCAAGUGACACAAGAUGGCGCCGCAUUCGGCUGGGGUUGGCAGUUGUCGCCGCUGGGGCAGGCUUCCACCAUUGGACAUUAUUACGUUAAACUACCACAGUCUGAGCAGCAAGUGAGGUACGGGCCCAGUGGUGGCUACCAAGCUGGACCCGCUGGGAACAAUCACGCUCACUCCGCUAGUGUAGUGCAGCAAGCAGGAGAUUUAAGCCAGCAGGCACAAAAUCUCUACUUGCAAAGACCGAACGUGACCCAGGUACCAGCGCCGCCAGCAUCCAACCAGCAGCCAGUGGACAUCUAUCUCCUGCAGCAACAGUACAACCCGGUGCUCCCCACCCCCACCUACGACCACAACCAGCUACGGUACAACGACCCCCAGAGGGACCACUCGAACCCUCUUCCGCAAGAGGACUCCAACGAGUAUCACCCCCAAGUCCUACAAGUCUUCAAAAACCACAAUUGUUCUAACCAAGACUCAUCCGAUGAAUUACAAAAUGAUCUGGAUAAAUCUAAACAGUUAUUCGAUGAAGUCCCUUCCUAUGACAUUCAUGAUAUUAAUAAUUUUGGAGCCACAAAUGCUCCUAGUACAUUUUACAGAGGUACUGUGAAGUUCAGGGUUGAAACUCCACGUGAUAACGCUCGCAGUGAACGAUUUUACUACACAACCGCUGAGACUCCUUCUACAGCGCCAACAGAAAACGCAACUCAAGUCGGUAUUGAUAAACUAGUCGCCUCUACCCAAGACCUCAUUUCUAAUGAAGAUCUAAUAUUCAUCAAUCACGCUGCAGAAAAACAUGUGAAUGAUCAAUCGGAUGAAAUAAUCAAACCACGCGCACGAUUUUAUGUGAGAAAUAAUGGGAAUACUAAUUCUAAACAUAUUACUAUAAAAGCUAAAAUCGAGAACAUACUUAAAAGCGAAGUCGAACAUUUAGAAGACGAUCAAAAGAAAGAAAAUGUCUUACGUUCCAAUUCUAACAAGUAUGACUUUGCAACUCCUAUUGUUGUACAAGACAAUUCUUAUAGCAACUUCAAAGACCAGAUAGUUGACAAUCUCGUAUCUACAAUGGUUCCUUACAUGGAAGAUGGUUACCAAAUAGUAGGAGUGAGCGAUACUUCCAGGGAAGCUUACACAGAUGAUAGCAAAGCUGAGGACGAUGCGUUAGUUACAGUUACUCCAAGACCUGUGAACCAGAACUAUCUCGCACCAAUCACUGUAGCACUGAGACUAUUGAACGCUAACGACACGGAAUCCUUUAACACCUUAGAAGACCAUGAAGCAUCAGACAGUGAAUUAGUAUCAGAUACAGUACAGAGCCCACCUAAAGAAAAAACUAUAGUUGAAAUACAAGAAUCCAUUCCAGUAGAAAUAACUCAUAUAAACGAUGUAGAAGUACAUGAGUAUGUAGAUUUCGAUGAAGGCCGAAGCAAUAACAAGGGAUCUUAUGAUGUGGCGAAGAAUAUAUAUAACACGUACGUUGAUGCUCUAAAAUCAUCUAAAAAGAUUCAGGAUCAGAUGAGUAAGUUGCUUUAUAAAUAUGGUGCGACGAAAGAUAAUAGUCAGGAGAAUAAUGACAAAGAUGAAGGACAGAAAGAGCCGUUGGAAUCGAGUGAAAAUAUGCAAUCCCAAGUCGAAGUCAGACCUAAUGAUGAAAACGUUCAAAGAAGUGAACAGUAUCAGUAUUACGAGUAUGGCAACGGCAAUUCCAAGAUAAUCCAACCUAUUAUUAUAGAAAAAGAGGUGCCUAUAACUAAAUUCGUUGAUAGAUUCAUUGAGAAAAAGGUACCGUAUCCACAGCGUGUGGAAGUCAAAGUACCAGUCGAUAGGCCUGUACCUGUGGAGGUACCCGUGGAGAAAAUUGUUGAAAAACCCGUCGAAGUAACUAAGUAUGUUGAUAAGCCCUACCCGGUUGAGGUCCCUAGACCUUAUCCCGUUGAAGUUAAGGUUCCUUAUCCUGUAGAACAAAAGGUGUAUGUUGAUCGCCCCGUACAUAUUCCUUACCCAGUGGAAAAGGUGGUUGAGAAGCAAAUAUUACACCCGGUUCCCAUACCCACUCCAGUUGGCAUACCCUAUGAAAUCCAAGUACCUGUUGAACAUAAAAUAUUAUUCCCAAUCCCAUUUGAUAGGCCCGUACCAGUCCCGGUAGAAAUCGAGAAACCGGUUGAAAGAAUAGUCAAUAAAGAAGUUCCUGUACCUUACACGGUUGAAAAACGUGUACCAUACCCAGUUCACUAUGAAACCAGAGUUCCUGUCCCAUACCCGGUUGAGAAAAGAAUCCCAGUGCCGGUUGAAAAGAUUGUUGAAAAACCGGUUACAAUAACCAAGUAUGUAGACAAGCCCAUUCAUAUCCAAGUGCCUGUACCUCAGCCGGUUCCCGUGCCAGUACAUGUUCCCCAACCUUAUCCGGUCGAAAGAAUAGUCGAGAAAAAGGUUCCUUACCCGGUCCACGUAGACAGAAUAGUGGAAAAGAAAGUACCAGUCGAAGUUCCCUACCCAGUCGAAAAAGUUGUGGAGAAAAUUGUGGAAAAACCGGUUGUGGUAACCAAAUAUGUUGACAAACCUUACCCAGUAGAGAAGAAAGUGCCGUAUCCAGUCGAAAAAAUCGUCGAGAAGAAAGUUCCCUACCCGGUCCAAGUCCCGUAUGAAGUUAAAGUACCUUACCCGGUUGAGAAGAUCGUUGAAAAACCGGUUCACGUACCAAUACCUGUAUACCGUUAUGGGUAUAAUAACCAGGGAAGUGAAUCUCGGAACAACGCUCAAACCGCUCAAGCUCAAACUCAGUACAAUACAAACGAAAGAAAUAAGAAAGCUCCAAUAUUUAUUACUCAGUUUUACCACCAGCUUCUAAAAGAGAAACAGAGACAGACUAUUCCCUUACAUUCAGUCCAUUGGGGCAACCAAUACGCGUCUUCCUACCAGUACAUAAACAACACUUCAGGAAAUAAAUUGGAAGAAAAGAAACCUAACCCAUUAUCGAGUUACUUAUCUUAUUUAACAAAUGGACAAAGUAAAUCGAAUCAGUACUAUGGUCCUGUGCCAAUGAAAAACCAAGAUGAUUGGUGGCAGAACAAUAAAGAUUAUGUUGUUGAAGUCAAAAUGAGGAGGGCGGAUCGUGAACCAAGGCUUAGUAAGUUAAGGAUUGAGUACGGAGGGUUCAGACCUCCCCUAAUACCUAGCACUGAGGUCGACUUAGACGGUAUGCCCAUUCAUAAGGAAUCGUAAACGUGAUAUAGAUUGUAGAUUGUGAGAUUGUCAUGAAGAAAUGUCAGGCUCAAAAUGUUCCAAAAGUUGCAAUCGGAAAUUAUUUUGCCGUGAGAGUAAAAAAUAAGUUGGUUAGCCCGCCAUUUUUUGUUGUGUACCAUUAUUUAAUUAUCUGUGGUCUGUGCUGUUACGAACAAAAUUUUGUUUCUACUAAAAUACUAAGUUCUUUAUCAUUAAAUCGAUGCAUUUUGGCCAAAAGAGCGACAUUUUUGCGGCAUAGUAUUAAACAAAGUCGAUUUCUCUGUCCCUAUGUCCCUUUGUAUGCUUCAAGCUUUAAAACUAGACAACGGGUUUUGAUGCGAUAGAGUGAUUCAAAAGGAAGGUUUUUAUGAACAAUAGGUACUUGCGUAAUAUAUCACCAUUGCACCCAUGCGAAGCUGGGGCGGGUCGCUAGUAGAGUUAUAAACAUUAUUCAAUGAAGAAAAAUAAGCUAAUUCAAAAUAUGUAUAGGUACAACUGUAAAUCGCAAAAACCUGUUGCUGAUUGCCUCUUUUGGUCGGAAAGCAUCGAAAUUGUAAUUUAUUGUUCUAAAUACAGCCAAGAUUGAAUGAUUCUGAUUCAAUUCCCUAUUAAAAAUGGUGAGUACGAAAUAGAACUUGUCGAAAACACGAAAUGAUUGCAUAAUACAAUGCAAUGGUUAGCUUUAAGUAAUUCUAGACUAGACCUAAUUGAACCUUUAUGUAAAAAUUACUUAAUUUAUUUGUUAGGAAUGUUUUAAUUUUCAGUAUUUCGUUAGUUUUUAAAUGUGUGUCAUAAUUUUAGUACUUAACUUACUUUACUUAUAUUGUAAAGUUACUUAUUAUUUCUAUGAAUACAUACUCAGUAAUUAAUUUCCUUUUUUGUAUCUAAUUUAAGUUGAUUUAAAUGCCCAAUGAGAUUACCUAUUUGAAAUGUCAACUUUACGCAUUUUUUAUAAGUUUUAUUUUAUCUUAUGAUAACUAUAAAUCGAAAUAGUACCUUAUCCUUUACUGAAAUUAUUUAUUGUAUUUUAGUUUGUAAGUAAGCUCAAUGUAAAUAUUAUGGAUUAGGAUUGUUGAUUAUUUGAAAAAUUAAACGAUAAAGUAAUUGAA